CGGUGAAAGGCCGGGAAAGCUGCGCACAGCAAGCCGACGGCGCAGAAGGGAGGCGGGAGCGGGGCUUCCCGGCCGCUUGCUCCUCACCUCCGGGGACUUCCAGGGUCUUCCUCGCCGCCCGCCCCCUCCCCGCUUCGCCCCGAGGGCGUCACGUGGCGGCGUGGGGCCCGCCUCCGGUGACGUCACCGCGCUCGCAGCCGUCGCGCCGAAGAAAGGAUGCUCUAGGAUGCUGUGCAGGUGGGCGGCGGGGAUGCGCCAUGCGGCACUGCAGGUGUAACUAGCAUGGUCAAUGCAGGAGCGAUGAGCGGCUCUGGAAACCUGAUGGAUUUCCUCGAUGAGCCAUUCCCUGAUGUGGGGACGUAUGAGGACUUCCACACCAUCGACUGGCUGCGGGAAAAGUCCCGGGACACCGACAGACACAGGAAGAUAACCAGCAAAAGCAAGGAGUCCAUAUGGGAGUUCAUCAAGAGUUUGCUGGAUGCCUGGUCAGGCUGGGUGGUGAUGCUGCUCAUCGGCCUGCUGGCGGGCACCCUGGCUGGGGUCAUCGAUCUCGCCGUCGACUGGAUGACCGACUUGAAGGAGGGGGUCUGCCUGUCUGCCUUCUGGUACAGCCACGAGCAGUGCUGCUGGACUUCCAACGAGACCACUUUUGAGGACAGGGACAAGUGUCCCCUGUGGCAGAAAUGGUCGGAGCUGCUGGUGAAUCAGUCGGAGGGUGCCAGUGCUUACAUUCUGAAUUACCUCAUGUACAUCCUGUGGGCAUUGCUGUUUGCCUUUUUGGCCGUCUCCCUGGUGCGUGUAUUUGCACCAUAUGCCUGUGGCUCGGGUAUACCAGAGAUAAAGACCAUUUUGAGCGGCUUUAUCAUCAGGGGCUACUUGGGGAAGUGGACCCUGCUGAUCAAGACCGUCACCCUGGUGCUGGUGGUGUCCUCCGGCCUGAGCCUGGGGAAAGAAGGGCCGCUGGUACAUGUGGCUUGCUGCUGUGGCAACUUCUUCAGCAGCCUUUUCUCCAAGUACAGCAAGAACGAGGGCAAGAGGCGCGAGGUGCUCUCCGCCGCCGCCGCUGCCGGAGUCUCCGUGGCCUUUGGGGCUCCAAUCGGGGGUGUGCUCUUCAGUCUUGAGGAGGUCAGUUACUACUUUCCCUUGAAGACCUUGUGGAGGUCCUUUUUCGCGGCCCUGGUGGCAGCCUUCACGCUGCGAUCCAUCAAUCCCUUUGGGAACAGCCGUCUCGUUCUCUUUUACGUGGAAUACCACACGCCCUGGUAUAUGGCCGAGCUCUUCCCCUUCAUCCUGCUCGGGGUCUUCGGAGGCUUGUGGGGAACCCUCUUCAUCCGCUGCAACAUCGCCUGGUGCAGGAGGCGCAAAACCACCAAGCUGGGCAAGUACCCGGUGCUGGAGGUCAUCGUGGUGACCGCCAUCACUGCCAUCAGCGCCUACCCCAACCCCUACACGCGCCGGAGCACGAGCGAGCUCAUUUCCGAGCUGUUCAAUGACUGCGGCGCCCUCGAGUCCUCCCAGCUCUGUGACUACAUCAAUGACCCCAACAUGACCCGGCCUGUGGAUGACAUCCCGGACCGGCCGGCCGGCGUCGGGGUUUACACGGCCAUGUGGCAGCUGGCCCUGGCGCUGAUCUUCAAAAUCGUCAUUACCAUCUUUACGUUUGGCAUGAAGAUCCCCUCAGGUCUCUUCAUCCCCAGCAUGGCCGUGGGAGCCAUGGCGGGCAGGAUGGUGGGGAUUGGCGUGGAGCAGCUUGCUUACCAUCACCAUGACUGGAUCGUCUUCAGGAACUGGUGCAGGCCCGGAGCAGACUGUGUCACCCCCGGACUUUAUGCCAUGGUGGGAGCUGCGGCCUGCCUAGGUGGAGUUACCCGGAUGACGGUGUCAUUGGUGGUCAUCAUGUUUGAAUUAACGGGCGGUCUGGAGUACAUUGUGCCCUUGAUGGCGGCAGCCGUGACCAGCAAGUGGGUGGCCGAUGCCUUUGGGAAAGAAGGCAUCUACGAGGCUCAUAUCCACUUAAAUGGGUACCCAUUUCUGGACGUGAAGGAUGAGUUCACCCACCGCACGCUGGCCACCGACGUCAUGCGGCCACGGCGGGGCGAGCCGCCUCUGUCCGUGCUCACCCAGGACAGCAUGACCGUGGAGGACGUGGAGACGCUCAUCAAGGAGACCGACUACAACGGCUUCCCUGUGGUGGUCUCCAGGGACUCCGAGCGCCUCAUUGGGUUUGCCCAGAGGAGGGAACUGAUUCUCGCGAUAAAGAAUGCCAGACAGAGGCAGGAGGGCAUCGUGAGCAAUUCCAUCAUGUACUUCACGGAGGAGCCCCCUGAGCUGCCGGCCAACAGCCCGCACCCCCUGAAGCUGCGGCGCGUCCUCAACCUCAGCCCGUUCACGGUCACGGACCACACCCCCAUGGAGACGGUGGUGGACAUCUUCCGGAAGCUGGGGCUCCGGCAGUGCCUGGUGACACGGAGUGGGAGACUUCUUGGCAUCAUCACGAAAAAGGAUGUUUUGAGACAUAUGGCCCAGAUGGCAAACCAGGACCCUGAAUCCAUCAUGUUUAAUUAGAAGCAAGGUGGCAUUUAUUUUGAGAAAAACACAACUGUCAUUUUAAAAGAAAUAAACAAAUGAUAUGUUAUUAUCCUAAUGAACGAUUGUACGCUGGGGGCAGUGGAAACAAAAGCUUUGUUUGAAAAGAAGAAGGAUGAAACCUUUUUUAAAAAAAGACAUCAAUGAGUAGGCAUUUUAUAGCUUUAACCCCUUGUGAGUUUCCAGCUGUGUUUCUUAAUGAGUUUAUUAACUGCCAUGGGGGCAUGGGGGUGGGUGUAAACGAUGUGGUUUGUCCAGGGACACGGAACACAAAUGCUGAGUCCAGAAACGUUUGCCCCUUGUGUUUAAGGCUGAUGUUUGUGAAGCUUUGAGUCCAAAAGGCAAAGGAGUAUUGGCCUGUCAGCAUCUUUUAUUUAUUGGUUCCUGAAGUUUUGCUGCUAUUUUACUGAAUCGGACUAAAGAUAUUCGCACUUACUCUGUUGGAAAGGACAAGAGAAAUUAAAUUGGAACAUAGUGAAAGCUGAACGUUUUUUGCCAGUUGG